AUGCCAUACCUUCCCACCCCACAAGCCUACCUGGAGCAAUCCGCUCUGCUCCUGCAAGCAUAUCCUGAUGCGAAAAUAACAACAAAAUACACCUUCUCCCACGCCACCCGCUCCUCCACCAAGACCACCUCCAGCACCUCCGCCUCCAAAACCACACAACUCUCCUCAGAAACCCAACAGUCACAAACUCCACAAACGCAAGAAAAACCCCGCAUAGCCACCCUCACCCUCAAGACCUUCCACCCCGGCUCCGGCAUCUGCCUGAAAUACCGGACCAACAAGGGCGCCGAGGUGGGGCGGUUGAUCUCCUCGCUGGGCAAGUUGGCGGCUGGGGCGGAUGUAGAGGGGUUGGGGUUGGGUUCGGGGAGUGCGGGCGCGGUAACUGGUGGUGGUGCUGGGGCGGGGGCGGGGGAUGUGGAGAUGGGGGAUGCGUCUGCGUCUGUGCCUGCGCCUGUCGCUUUGGGGGGAGCUGGGGGUGUGGAGGGGAAUGAGGGGGCUGCUGCUGCGGCGGGGGCUGGGGGUAAAAGUGGGAAGGGGAAGAAGAAGGGCGGGAAGGGGAAGCGGUGA